CCACCUUGUGGUUGUAGCCUAAGGUCGUCUUCACAUGCAUGCGCUGAUGCAGUAGCCAAGAAAAGAUAAGAAAGUGAAGGAAAGAGGUCAAUAGGAGCGUGGCAAGUGACUACAAAUGAUGGGCGCAUGAGUGGAAGGGUGAUGAAACUAAUGAUGACCCCUUUCAAGACAAGAGUUAAACCGUAAAACCCAGUUAUCUAAUUUCCGAAAGAAGAGAUUUUACCCCCCAAAAAAUUGGGUCUUGGGUGGGAACGCAAGCCAAAAGGUGAGAAGGCAGGCGCAGAGGUUCUUGUGUUCAAAAAUCGGAGCGGUUUCGUUUGUUUUGGAAGAGAUUAUAGGGAGACCCAACACGAACAACAGCACAGAACACCGAAACCUCGUUAGAUCCGUCCGCUCUGUGGUUGUUUGGGUCCCAUAAAUUUCCGGCUCCAACGGUGCUCCUUUUCCCUGUCAGCCUAAAUUCUCAAUUUCUCAGACAAAAGACAUCUUUAGGGAAGGGACUUCGGAGAGAGAGAAAGAGAGGCUGAUGAAGUUUAUUUCUCGAUUUGGGUUUGCUUUUUCUUCGGAUUUUCUUGUGCAUCCUUUGAUUUGAGGAACUGGGUUUGCCAGGUUUGAAGGGAAAAGAUGCAAAGGGCUCUCUACAUGUAAAAGUUGUGGAAUGUCAUGCCUUAAAGGAGCCAGUAACCGCAUAAGUAUGGAUCCCCAGGAGGACAGCUCCAGAUUUGGGUCGAUAGGUGUCGUAACACUAAGAAACUUGUCGUCUUCAUCAUCAGCAUUCUUCUCAGCAAAUCAGUCGCCAUUCUUCUCCCCAAGAUCGCCGACAUGUCAAUCAAGCCGUUCUGAUAUUCCAUGUGAUAAUGCCAAUACAAGCACUGAUCCCCGUAGUUCUAAUGCAGGAAUCCCAGAUUCUGAAACUCUAGCUAAUAUCAGAUUUCCUUCGUCAGACAUUUCAUCUGUGCCACCACCAUCUACUUCAAGUGGAUUUCAGAAGUUGGACCAUGUUUCUCCCUCAGCUGGAAUUUCUAAGAACACCCUUUCCUGUUAUGGUAUGGGCUAUGGCAAUGACUAUUUCAGGCAGGGAGAGAAGCGAAAAAAGCUUGGGAGAUUCCGUGGUACCUCGUACACUGUGGAUUCAACUUCGUUUUCCUCGAGCAGACUAAGAAGCUGCGAUGUUUACAUAGGUUUUCAUGGCCGGAAACCUUUAUUGUUGAGAUUUACUAAUUGGCUUCGAGCAGAGCUGGAAGUUCAAGGCGUUAGUUGUUUCGUGACAGACAGGGCUAGGUGUCGGAACUCCAGAAAGCAUGGAAUUGUUGAGAGAGCAAUGGAUGCUUGCACUUUUGGAGUUGUGAUUUUGACUAGAAAAUCCUUCAGAAAUCCAUAUACCAUUGAGGAGCUACUGUUCUUCUCAGGCAAGAAGAAUUUGGUUCCAGUAUACUUUGAUUUGGGGCCGGAUGAUUGUCAUGUGAGGGAUAUUGUUGAGAGAAGGGGGGAGCCGUGGGAAAAAUAUGGGGGAGAACUAUGGCUUCUAUAUGGAGGACUGGAGAAGGAAUGGAAAGAUGCUGUUAGUGCCCUCUCUCGUGUUGAUGAGUGGAAACUGGAGGCUCAUGAUGGUAACUGGAGAGAUUGUAUAAUGCGGGCCGUUACCCUUUUGGCCUUGAGGUUGGGAAGGAGAAGUGUUGUGGAUAGAUUGACGAAAUGGAAGGAAAAGGUGGAGAAAGAGGAGUUCCCUUUCCUUCAGAAUGAGAACUUCAUCGGGAGGAAGAGAGAACUCUCUGAGCUUGAGUUUAUGCUUUUUGGUGAUGUUAGUGGUGAUGCUGAAAGGGAUUAUUUUGAACUCAAGGCUGGAAACAGGCGAAAGAAUGUGACACUUGGUUGGGGUAGGAGCAGCUCAGCAGAGGAAAGGCGGAGAGAUAGGCAAACAGAUCGUAGUACAAGGAAGGGAAAAGAACCCGUUGUAUGGAAAGAGUCUGAAAAGGAGAUAGAGAUGCAAAGCACUGAAAUUUCUCAGAUGCAGCACCAAGCACCAAACCUGAAGAUUGGUGGAAGACAUGGGAGGAGGAGGAGAUCGAUCAAAGUUGCCUAUGGUAAAGGGAUUGCUUGUGUAACGGGAGACUCUGGAAUUGGCAAGACAGAACUACUUCUUGAGUUUGCAUACCGAUUCCACCAGAGAUACAAGAUGGUUUUAUGGGUGGGAGGAGAAAGCAGAUAUAUCAGACAGAACUACUUGAACCUGUGGCCAUUCCUGGAUGUUGAUGUUGGGGUAGAGAACGGGUUGGAUAAAAGCAGGAUCAAGAGCUUUGAAGAGCAGGAAGAGUCAGCUGUAGGCAGAGUCCGAAAGGAGCUUAUGCGUAGCAUUCCAUUUUUGGUGGUGAUCGAUAACUUAGAGAGUGAGAAGGACUGGUGGGAUCACAAACUAGUAAUGGACCUUCUUCCCCGUUUUGGUGGAGAAACCCACAUACUAAUAUCCACUCGUCUUUCCCGAGUAAUGAAUCUGGAGCCUUUAAAACUUUCUUACCUAUCCGGGGUUGAGGCGAUGUCUUUGAUGCAGGGAAGUGCCAAGCAUUACCCAAUUGCAGACAUUGAUGCUCUCCGGGUUAUUGAGGAGAAACUUGGAAGACUAACACUGGGCAUGGCCAUUGUAGGAGGAAUUCUAUCCGAGCUUCCCAUAAAUCCAAGUAGACUCUUGGAGACCAUUAACCGAAUGCCUUCGAGGGACUUGACAGCGAGUGGCAGGGAUGGUCAUUUAUUGAGGAGAAACAAUUUCCUCUUACAGCUCUUUGAGGUUUGUUUCUCAAUAUUUGACCAUGCGGAUGGGCCAAGAAGUUUAGCAACUAGAAUGGUGCAUGCUAGUGGCUGGUUUGCACCGGCAGCCAUUCCUACUUCUCUUUUAGCUCUGGCUGCUCACAAGAUACCCGAGAAACACCGCCAUACUCGGUUAUGGAAAAAGUUUUUGCAUUCCUUAACCUGCGGGUUUACAUCAUCAUACAUUAGGAAAUCAGAAGCGGAAGCAUCUUCAAUGUUGUUAAGAUUUAAUAUUGCAAGAAGUUGUACAAAGGAUGGCUACAUCCAGUUCAAUGAACUCGUCAAGCUCUAUGCACAAAAGAGAGGAAUCACAGCAGCAGCACAAGCCAUGGUACAAGCUGUCAUUACUCGGGGGUCCAUUUCCCAGCACUCCGAACAUAUAUGGGCUGCAUGUUUUCUGCUGUUUGGUUUUAGCAGUGACCGUAUAAUUGUUAAGUUGAAGGUGUCGGAGCUGUUGUUUCUUGUGAAAGAAGUGAUCUUGCCGCUUGCUAUCAGGACUUUCAUUACAUUGUCGCGGUGCAGUGCCGCACUAGAACUCCUUCGCCUAUGCACGAAUGCAUUGGAAGCAGCAGAGCAAGCAUUUGUUACCCCAGCAGAGAAGUGGUUGGAUAAAUCACUCUGUUGGAAGCCCAUCCAGACGAAUGCCCAGUUGAAUCCUUGCCUUUGGCAGGAGCUGGCUUUAUCAAGGGCCAAUGUGCUUGAAACCAGGGCAAAGCUAAUGUUAAGAGGGGGAAAGUUUGACAUCGGGGAUGAUCUAAUUAGAAAGGCAAUUUUCAUAAGAACUUCAAUCUACAGUGAGGAUCAUCCAGACACCGUAUCUGCUCGUGAAACUCUGGGCAAGAUCACAAGGCUUCUUGCUAAUUUUCAGAUUCAUGCUACACCAUAGAGUCUAAAUUUUCUUGUAAGCAGAGCUUACAUUAGAAUUAUACAUAGAUUCAGAAUAAAAAGGCUGAUAUCAACAAUUUAGAAGAUUUUUUCUCCAUACCAUUUUCGAUACUAAAGAGAUGAGCUUUCAAUUCCAAAUUCUUUUGAGUUAGUUUUGGUUUUCUGAGUUGCAUUAUUAGUUGGUUAUCUGUCCUAUUUCCUUUACUCAACCUCGCAUGCUUAGCGUUAGCGUGCUCUUUGCCUCUGGCAGUUUGCUCGUUUUAGCUUCACAGGCAUGAAGUCGGGUGCAUGAAUUCUUCGGUUGACAUUGAAAUGAUACCGUAUAAGGUAGUAUCUCUGCCUCUUUCAUCUUAAUUGUCUUGCUUUGACAUUUAGAAGGUGCAUGCAUUUGUCUAGUAGGCAGUUUUUGUUUUCCAUUGAUGUUUCAAUUCGGUCUAUUUGAUUGACCAUCCUUUUUAUGAAAAAUGGCUAUUUUUUUUUCCAAAUUUCAGCUUUUGAGGUGUUUGAUUGAUCAUAUUUUUCAUGAAAAAUAUUUUUCAACUUGUGGUGAUGUGAUGAUGUUUUCUCACUUUUGCUAGAAUUGGUUUUUUCAUUCCGCGGGCAGGGGGAGGUAGAUGUAAUUUUUCAUAGAAAUGAAAAAACUCACCCACCACAUAGCUAGCCUUUCUCUUCCACCACGGCCCAUCAAUGAAGAAGGGAAAAGAAGUAUCGACCAGAUUCGGCGGUUGUAGCGGCCAUUGGCGAGCAGUGAGGACCGAUCAAAUUCGACGAUUGCAGCGGCCAUCGGUGAACAUAUGCGUUGCAGGAGGGCGAUGGUAGCGGUGGCUAGUGAGGAUCGGCCAUUGGCGAA